CUCCACAGGUGAGAUUUAUCUUUUGGAGAGAAGUGAAUGCAUGGCAGCAGUCGACAUAAAGUCUGCAGACACACAGCUACCUGCCAGACGGAUCCUGUCCACUGUCUGGAACCUACCUGAGGCUAAGAUGCGGUUCAUAAUUGCGCUGUUACUUGUGCACCUGCAUGGUCAAACGGAAGCAGCGCAGUGCGCAUGCGCCACUGAGGGACUGAACGUGCGCAGUGCGGCAGGAACGUCACACGGCAUCGUCCACGUCAUGCAGAUCGGCGAGUGCGCCACCUACCUGGGCCAGUCCAGCCAGGCGGACGGAUACACCUGGCUGCACCUGAGUGUUGCUGGGCAGACCGGAUGGGCGGCGUCUAACUGGCUGCACGUGGGAGACUGCGGUACCAGCUCCGUGCAGCUGUCCGGGUGUCCACACAUCGUCACACGCGCUGAGUGGGGUGCACGUGCACCCAAAAAUCACAUCGGCAACAUGGCGGCCUUGCCCAUCUACGUCUUCGUCCAUCAUGGCGACGGCGGCGAAUGUUUUGACCGGGCCUCCUGUAUCGCAAAAGUGAAAGCAUAUCAGAACUAUCACAUGGACACGCAUGGCUGGCCCGACAUCGGCUACAACUUUGUUGUCGGUGAGGACGGCAACGCCUACGAGGCCCGCGGGUGGUCAGAGAUCGGGGCCCACACCCUGGGCUACAACAACAACGGCAUUGCGAUCUGUGUCAUCGGCAACUUCAACAACCACGUGCCCAACGAUGCGGCGCUGGCCACGGUGAAGCAGCUGAUCCAGUGCGGCCUGGCCAACGGCAAGAUCAACCCUAACUACACCCUCAAGGGGCACCGUGACGUGGGCAGCACUGACUGCCCGGGCACUGCCCUCUACAACCUCAUCCACACCUGGCCCCACUACGCCAGUGGCACGGCGCUGUACGGCUGACCGCGAGGCCUGGCCCACCACGUGACACGUGACAUUGUUUCAGCGUCAUCACGUCGUCACGUCGUCACCACGUUGUCUUUACCUUGUCGUUACGGCGUUGCCACGUUUCAUGCAAACCUUGGACUUGCAAUGAUUGACAAACGCUGUCACUAGAGUGAAAUACAACUGAUGUCGCACUG